CCACUAGCCAUUAGGUUUUCAACAAAUAAUUGGCCAAACAAAAAAAAAACAAAUCCAAAUUAUUAAUUUUAAUCUUAUUAAUCAAGAAAUAAUGUAAACUUUUCAAAAAAGGCAUUCAAAAUUAAAUAAACAUGAAUUAUAAUAAUAAGAACAGCGUGUCACUCUCUUUCCUUACUAGUUCUUGGGGCACAUUUAGUUCGAGAUACGAUCGACAACCGAAAUACAAGAACUCGGAAAAUACCACAGGGUCUAAUUUAAAUGAAGAAAAUAAUUCACAGAAUCAAUCUAAAUUUGAUGGUAAUGACUUCAAAGACUUCAAGAAUUCAGGUGGUGAUUCUUUCAAUACAAACGCAUGUGGCAAUCAGAUGAACAAUAUCGGGGAUAAUUUCUACCUGAAUUCCAAAAACUUCGGGUCCCAGCAGAACUUCAGUAACUUCGGGUCCCAGCAGAAUUCCAGUAAAUUUGAGUCCCAGCAGAACUUCAAUAACUUUGGGUCCCUGCAUGAUUCCAGUAACUGCGGGUCCCAGCAGAACUCCUGUAACUCCGAGUCCCAGCAGAACUCCAAGAGCUUCGGGUUUCUGCAGAAUUCCAGUAACUUUGGGUCCCAGCAGAAUUCAAGUAACUUCGGGCCCCAGCAGAAUUCCAGUAACUUUGUGUUACAGCAGAAUUCCAAUAACUUCGAGUCCAAGCAGAAUCAGGGUAAUUCCAAUUACUUUAAACCACAGCAGAACAGAUCAAAUUCCAAUAGCUUUGGACCACAGAAAUACCAAUCUUAUUUUAACAAUGCGAACAACUCUAAAAACCAGAGUGUAACUUGGCUUUCCGGAUCUGGAAAGGGAUCAAAUAACAAUGCCAAUGGUGGCAACAACAAUAGCUCAAAUUAUGUACCAUUUCGUAAGUUCAAACAACAUUUUACGAGUCGUCCAAGUGAACCAUCUAAUGAUAACUCGUCUGCUCCAGCCUUGUUCAUGGGCAGAGACCAAUCAUAUCCAAAUGAAUUGAAUGCUCUAAUGAAUCCUUUCUUCUGUGGCGUGUGCAAUUCCCGGUUGAAUUCUAUUAAAAGCGCUAAUAUCCACUAUGAAUCGAAGGCUCACGAUAAGCACAUCACAAACUGGAUGAAAAAAAACUUCGCUGACAAAGGUCUGGCUGUGCCAGAAGUUCAGCGAUUCGUUACCGAAGAGACGGUCGGCCCAUAUCGCUGUGAACUGUGUAAGAUCGACCUAACUUCGGCCCAACAUGCUCUCCAACAUAACAAUGGCAGGCGCCAUAGACAGGCUGCUUCAAAGAUCUCACCACCAACUGGAAUUGGUUACUAUAAUGUAGAUGGUGACUGGGUUGAAACGGGUAAAGUACUUGACAAGGUAACCGGAAAGGAGGCUUCUUACAUCUUGGUCAACACACCGUCAGGCUUCGAACCAGUUGUUCUGCAUGUAGCGUCCAAAGCUGAGACCGGUGUAAAGAGAACUGCUGAGCUAAAUGCCAACAAUUCCGAAGUGUCUCCAGAAAAGAAACAAAAUCUAGAAGUACAACCUCACGACGUAGAGAUGGAAAAACUAAAGAUGAUGAAGGAGGAGCAGUAUCGAACGAUGAUAACCGAUUAUGAGAAAACUAAGCAACAAGAGAAUAGCUCCUCCACUCCAAAGACAGACAACAAUAAAUUCAAGGCUGCAUCGUUGGUUUCUCCAGACUCUACCGGCAACAUCCAAACACCACAAGAAGCUUUAAAUUCACAGCAAUGUAAAAUAUGUGGAAUUGCCACCACAUCGUACGAUCAAAUGUUGCUUCAUCUCAAAGGGAUACGCCAUACCAAAAAACUCCGACUCCUCGGUGAACCACCACUCUCAGAUAUGUUCGACAAAACACCUACUAGCAUUCUGGCGAGUUUAGAUAGUACUAAUCCGUCAGAUGUGUCCAUAUACAGGACACCGAGUGGGUCGUACUACUGUAAAACUUGCAACGUCAGCCAAGAAGAUGUUGCACGCAUAAAGAAGCAUAUUUCGAGCAAGGCUCAUUUGGCUGCAGUUAGGAAGAGUGCAGAUGUACCGAUGGUGUGUUAAGGAAGAGAGGAAAACAUCCUUGGGAAGAAAUUGUAUUUUAAACUUAACUAAUUUAAUAAACAAAUAAAUUAUUAUAAUCUUA